AUGUGGCGAAAGUCUGGUCUGAGACACGACGCCGAUAUUGGUAAAAGGGUGAUGAACUCUGGGCGGAAUGAUCUGACGUUCGGAUAUGAGCGGGAAAGCGUUUACCCACGAGAUGAACCUGUACCCAACUUGGCAGAGGGUUCUGCGAACGAUCGGUCGCAAGAAAUGAUGAUUUUCGACUGGGAGUUGCCAUCAGUGCUUCAGAGAUUGUCCUCCGGUACAGAUGAUCCAGUCGGGAGAUAUCCGGGUUCAAAUUCUAUCACUCUUUCGGCAAAGGGUGAUUAUGUCGAGAUGAUGACCUGCCAGCAGUACCGAAAAAGCUUUCACCCAGACAGGGGUGUCAAGCUAGUGGAGGUGAUCAUCAAUGCCCUGAGCUCUCCGUCUGAUAUCAAUGGCAGAUCCUCCAAAAUGGACCCUCAAGUCAAGGACAUAGCAGUGUGGCUGUAUCUCACAUUCCGCACGCCAACAAAGGGAGGUACCGUCAUGGAUUCUACGGGCUCGUUCGACGGCACCCACUUCACAAUGAGUAAAGCUCCCAUGUCGUCCCCAGCGUGUUGGUCGAAGCUAUUCGAAGACGCAGCCGUUGUCGUAAUGCCCGGUAAAAUCUUCUCAGGUGGGCUGUUGAAGAUGAGCUUUGGUACCAUGAUCCAGGUUGCUGCUGUGAAAUACCCUAUUGGUGUAGACAAAGGAUUGGUUCUCAUGGGCUACUCGACGGCGUUAGUGCCGAUUGACACCAACGCUAAGGGUCAGGUGAUAUGGCAUCUUGAGGUUGCUUUCAUGAUAGGCAGCUUUGGUCUCAAGGUCGAUAUGAGGUGGCCAGAUGUCAAGGUCAGGCCUACGACGGAGCAGUUGGAAGGGGCCAAUCUGCAGUUGCUGGCUCAGUCGGCGGCAUUCAUCCAGAUCGAGAUAUAA